GUGUAAAUAAAAUGCAUUGAUUAGAUCGUUUUAAUAAUGACGUAUGCUUCCUCCUAAGUCGAUCAGCCGCGCACCAGCCACGAACCACUCACUAUCGUUCUCGUCAUUUGCCAGGUGGUGGCACUCUGAGCACUGACCUUACCAGACACUCACCCGAGUCGUGCACCGCCAGUCAAAACAAAUUUUCCAUCGAAUCAUAAAUCUUGUCACCUUCUUUCGGUAUCCAGUUUUCCGGCAACCACCGAGCCGAAUAGAUUACUAUUUUUGCUGUUGUCUACAUUCAGGGGCCGUGUUUUUUCUCGUUAAUUUUCGCGCGAGAAAACAUCUUCGUUAGUGACAAGUUCGCGACGACACGAAUCAAAGAAGAUCGAAAUAAAAUUGCCCUUCCAGCCUAAUGAUGUCGAGGAAUUUCUGGGAAAAGUCUGGCGCGAAAGAGUGUUGGCGGAAAAAUGCCGUCGUUUAGUGAGUCUUCGUUUUUGCAAAGAUGUUGUGUAGGGUUGGAAUUUUGAUCUGUUAUAACCUUAAUUGGACAAGUCAAAACUUUUGAGCGAACAACCAAAAAGAUCAAAGCAUGCUUUCUGUACUGUGGAUAACGGUGGCUUUCCUGAGGAUGAGCUACAGUGGCGCAGCAUCCGGCCUGUUCGGUCCCAUUCCGGAGCCGGUGUGUGGCCAGAUUGCGGUCAUGAUGGACAGCUGUUUCAACAACACGACGCCGCCGGUUUCGCUGGACCUGCUGUACACGGUCAAAAUUCCCGACUCGAUGGAGGACGUCAGCAGUCGGUGUUUACUCUUCAACCGAGGCAUGGCGUGCGUCGAGAACUAUCUGGACCGUUGCGUAUCCCAAAGGAAUCGACGGAUCGUCGAAAACGAAGUUUACGGCGCCAAGCGACUGUACGAAUAUCUUUGCCACGAUCCAACGUUCCAGCACGACUUUCUGAAGCAUAAAAUGUGCUUCCACUUCGUCCAUGAAGAUUGGGACACGUGCUCGGACCAGUAUCUCGAUAUCUUGCGCGAAGAAAUGCCACGACCGUCCGAACAGUCCUACCACAUGCAGUACGUGCACUUUUGCUGCGCCCGGUUCACGUACGAAAGGUGCGUCCAUACAAGCGCCCUGCUCAAGUGCAACCAAGAUUCGGCCAUAUUUCUGCAGAAGGUGGCCAAGCUGCUGUCCAGCGAGACGAACUUUUUAACCUGUGAUAGAAUCGACCACGCGAGGUGCUCCACAGGAAAGAGGGUAGCAGUUGGCAAGGUGUUUUUGAUGAUUUUAUUGCUGCUGAUAUUGGAGAGGAUUUCGCAAACUUAAGAUUGAAUAAGCGUUUUGGUCGGGUAGAUUGGCAGCAAGGGAGGAGGAUACGCCGCUUUAUUUCGGAUAAAUACAGGGUGUGAUAGUUCAUAAGAAAUAAAUGUUCCUUUAUGUGAUAAAUGCUCGUUACAAUGUUAAGAUAUCGAAAACACCGUAAAACCGCCUAGUCAUCUGGGGUGAAUCGGGACAGCUAUGUUAGCCAUGUUUCAGCACAGCUGUUGAUCUUUUGGUUUGGUUUCGGUUCAAACAGAUACGUAACAACAACGUUGAAACAUCGAUUUUAAACAUUUUCAGCUAUCAUCUGCUUCAAAAACUGCUGUCUUUAUUCAGACUCAAAUCCCCAUUCACCCCAGUCCACGAUAUAUGAUCCAUCAAUCAAUACGAUUGAACUUGUGUACAAUACUAUAGUCAUAGUAGGGUAAAUGUCCCUAUAUUGGACCUACCCAGCAAAGCUCCUACUCAUUCAGGUUGUUUCCAACGCACAGACGCGGUUGGCCAAAGCAAGCGGUUGGAACCAAAUACAUGCUUUUAAAAAAAGUUGUAAAUUGUAUGUUUUUAUUUGUUUUUUCAUACAAAAGGCUCUAUACAUUUUUCUUAUAUUGCGUAACGCAAAAAUUGCAAAAAAUGAUUCAAAAUCGGAACCUUGAGUAGGUGUCUUUGACAAAGUUGUAGCUUAUGAUUUGGACUUUUCAGAAACCA